AUGCGCUUCGGUAGUACUAACUACUCGUAUCGGAGGGUUUACGACCUAAAUAACACACCGCUGCCAGAAGUAGAGACCCAGAAGGAUCUAAAGGUGUGGUUCACUGCCUCACUUCAACCAUCACUCCACUGCCUGAAGGUGGCCAAAUCCGCAAUGUUGAGCUUGUAUCUAAUCAAGCGCGCUUUUGGUAAAUUUGAUGAAGUUUUCUUUGGCAAGGUCUUCGGCACGUUUGUGCGACCCCAACUGGAAUUUGCCAUCUAA